GUAAGGUGUCCAGUUUCAAGGACUGCUUUAUAGUCUGGUAAUUGCUUGUGUUUGUUGUCCCCUCCUUUAAUCCUAGUGUUAUUUGUUUCCCCCUUGCCAACAAUAAAAUGGGCCAUUCUGACAAUCAUCUAAAUUAUUCUACAAUCUAAAAAGUGGUUGACACUAUUUGUAUUAUUCACUGGGGAUAUUCACGUCAACAUAUCAAUCGACGCAUACAGUAGAGUAAAGCAGCCUUCGGCCAGUAGUGCAAUUUAAGGUGAAAUAUCCCUUUAAAACAUUUGUUCGUAAGAACAGUUAAACGUGCCGGGGAAACACUUGAAAUCUGUUAGAUUCAGUGUUUUCCCCCUUGGUAUGAGUAUAUAUGACCGACUCUCAAUUGGCUCAAUGUUUCCACAAUGGCACAGAAUUACGGAAAUGGGACUCAAAACGAAAUGAUGCUGGCGGUGUGUGUGGACGCACCAGGGGGUCCAGAAGGUUUGCUUUUGAGGAAGGUCACUAAACCUCAAUCCAGAGCUGGAGAAGUUCUUAUCAAAAUCCACGCAACUGCUCUGAACCGGGCAGACUUGUUGCAGAGGAGAGGACUGUACCCAGCUCCUCCAGGUGAAAGUGAGAUCCUGGGCCUAGAGGUUGCUGGGACUGUGGCCAGCACAGGUGCCGGGGUGAAGGGCUCCUGGAGGACAGGUGAUCGAGUCAUGGCCCUCCUGUCUGGAGGCGGAUAUGCAGAGUACGUCUCUGUGCCAGAAGAGCUGCUCAUGUCGGUCCCCUCCCACCUCUCUCUCUACCAGGCCGCUGCGAUCCCUGAGGCCUGGCUCACUGCCUUCCAGCUCCUGCACCUCGUAGCCCGGGUGAAGGAGGGAGAGGUGGUUUUGGUGCAUGCCGGAGCCAGUGGCGUUGGAACCGCGGCGAUCCAGCUCGUCCGAUUGGCCGGUGCCGUCCCCGUGGUUACAGCAGGAAGCCCGGAGAAAUUGCAGAUAGCAAAGGAGCUGGGGGCAGCAGCUGGUUUCAACUACAGAAAAGAAAACUUUGCAGAGAAAGUCUGCGAUUUCACGAAAGGCAGGGGAGCAGACAUUAUUUUGGACUGCGUUGGGGGAAGCUGCUGGGAGAGGAAUGUGGACUGUCUGGCCCUGGAUGGGAGAUGGGUGCUGUUUGGCGCCAUGGGUGGAAAGACGGUGGAGGGAGAGCUUCUGGGCAGGCUGCUGUCCAGGCGAGGACAGCUCCUCUGCAGCCUGCUCCGCUCACGCAGUCUGCAGUACAAAGCAGAUCUGGUGAGGGCUUUCUCAGAAGGGGUGUUGCCCUCCUUCUCUAACCAGACCUCCUCCCUGAGGCCGGUUAUUGACAGCACCUUUGACCUGGAGCAGAUUGCAGACGCUCACAGACACAUGGAAGCCAAUAGAAACAUGGGGAAGAUUGUCAUCAAGGUGUUGUCAUCACCACACCUUCAGUCUCAACCAUCUAUCCCGACUGAAGUCUCUGGUUCCUGUGAUUCAUUUUGAGAGGAUGGUGUAGGGACCUGUUGAAAGACUGUAGUCGUUUUUAACUGGGCGUAUCCCUUCUAUCAAUGUAAAAUACAUUGGACUCCUAGCCCCCAGGUGUAGGUUUGUUUAAAAUGUGUGGGGGGGAAGCUUUGUUUAAUAACUGAGAAUGUGGUUGUUUAAAUACAAAUGUCUGAAUAAAAAGUGGGGGGGACAGAUAUGCCGUUUUCAAAAAAUGAGUGUCAAAUGUCCCUCAACCUCAACCUACCCUUUAAACAGUGUAAGGCUGGAUGUCAACCCGCCCCCAUCUCUCAUAUGCUAAAAUAUGGACGGAGUCCCUAUUGGAUGGUUUUCACACCUCAUUGUGUAAACUUACUGUUGCUUUGCUAGUCAUAUGUUGAUAAUUAAGGAUCAAGAUGUGAUCUGAUGUUGUUCAACAGAUAAUGGUUGGAUAUAAAGGGAAUUGUGAAGCAUUGUUCUCUAGAUUCUUGAUCUCCUGAGGGCUUUUCCUCAGCUCUGGCUUCUCUUCUCCUUCUUACUCUUUCUCUGAUUUACAAUAAUCAUCAUGGUAGAGUAGGUAAGUCUUCACUUUGUAACUUGUUUGCCAUGCAAGUGAUUUAAUUAAUUUGCAAUGUUAUUAAAUAUCUAGUCAUCUAUUACUGUAAUUUAACCCAUUAGUCAAAUAAUUGUACUUCCAGCAUAUUUGGUACACUGUUCAAUGUACCCCCCCUUCCUUUAAACGUAGGGGAAUAGUUGUGGUUUUUUGACCAAAAAUGUAACCACUUACAACAGCAUACGUGUAGCCUACAAUGGGCAUGUAGCUACACUGCACACGAAGGGAGACAUGACAUUGCGUAAUUAUUUUAUAUAUUAAUUCGGGAACAAAUACAAUUAUUACAACUUGUUCAAAAACGUUAUUCGUAAUGUUUUAAAUUCACAGUCAAUGCUUAAAACACGAUAGGCUAUAGCCUUUACAUCUGAUGUAGCUAAUGUAAGGAAUUGAAGCAAUAGUAUUAAAGUACGUCACAUUGCAGGACUACCGUAGGGUAUAUUGCUUAAAUAGUCUAUGAAGUAAACUGUAUUUGGGGUGGGAUUAUGUGCGUAAACUGGGCUACAACCACGCUAGACUAACCAGUGGACAAAAUGACAAGAAGCCGGAAUCGGCCGUCACAAUCAAAAGUUUCACUUCCUGAACUCACUGAGAACAUUUGUUUUAGAGGUAGUUUCUGAGUUUGUCCUUUAGUUUGGAACAAGGACAUUCCGUUUUAGCUAAGGAUUAACGCAAGCAAAUGCAGGCUGCAUAAUUAAGAUAAUGCCCUUCUGAAGAACUAACCCAAUCUUCGUAAACCGAGUAAGAAAUGCUAGUGGACUUUUUUGAUCCAUUUCGAAAUCAAGUUGGAGUGUUAUUGGAGCAUUUCAACAGCUACAAUCUGUCAACAGAAACAACAAAG